AUGUCCGUUAAACACCUUCUAAUCCCACUCAUCUGCAUCGGGGCUAAUAUGAACAGAAAUGUCAAUGGGUCUGAACUCUCUCAGGACUUCCUGGUCGGGUCGCAAGUGACUACCUCUCUGUAUGUGAGCCUGUGUGUAUGGUCUGGUGAUCUCACCCUGGUCUUAGUCUCCUCAGGUUGUACUGGGGAGCUGUCCAGGGUCUAUGUUGGGGUCGUAGACCCCCUCCCUCCCCCUGGUCGUAGUGGCAGUGGAGAGCAGCUGGUGGCCAGUCACGGUCGAACGGCCCAGUGGAGUGGACGGCUGUCAGAGUUGACCAAUCAGACGGGGCUCUGCCUGGGGCAACUCUGUCCUCUGGGGAAGGCAUGCGUGCCAGGAAGCAGUGAAGUGCUGCCUCCGCAUUUCCUCCACACACACCCAGAGAGACGAGGGCCCAGGCCCCUGCCGAGACCCUCCCUGCCCCACCCCUCCCUGGGGCUUUGUCCUGGGGCUUUGGCCCGUGUACCUCCGCCCAGCCUCCUCACUCUCUCCCCGGGACAGGCAGGAAGACCAGGGACAUUCCGUCCUGCUAGGCUAGCCCCCGACCAGAGAGGGGAGGAGCGUGAGCGUUGGAUCCGGGCUAAGUACGAGCAGCGGUUGUUCCUGGCGUCGCUCUCGGGGGUGGACCUAUCCCUGGGCCAGCAGCUGCUGAGGGCCACAGCCGAGGAGGACCUGCGCUGCGUCAUCCUGCUCCUGGCUCACGGCUCCCGGGAGCAAGUCAACGAGACGUGUGGAGAGGGAGACGGACGCACCGCCCUUCACCUGGCGUGCCGCAAGGGCAACGUGGUCAUCACACAGCUCCUCAUCUGGUACGGGGUGGAUCUGAUGGCGAGGGACGCCCACGGUAACAGCGCGCUGGCGUACGCACGGCAGGCCAGCAGCCAGGAGUGUGUUGACACGUUGCUGCAGUACGGCUGUCCCGAUGAACGCUACCCACUUAUUGCCACGCCCAACCUGUCCCGACGCAACACCAACCGCAACAACAGCUGCAGCAGCACGGGCAGCACCGCACUCAUAUAAACACUACCGCCCCCUUCAGGAGGCCUCUGGGUACUGCGGCUCGCAGGAUAUUAACAGGCUAAACACACAUUGUGACAUUGUAUGCAUAUUACACACUCAAACUCCUGACUGAAAAAACUCCUGACUGACAUUUUUGGAAGUGAGGGGCUUGGAGAGAGUCUGAAUUGGGAGAAAUGACUGAACUCUUUUGGGAACCACUACUUCUGCACUCCUUGUCUUAGAGCCCUCGUUGACCUCUUACCCUCUCCACUCUGCCACUAAUCUCACACAGAAGACACUAGCACUCCUGUUGUAGUUGCCGUUGAUGAAGCCCUCUGUCCUUUUGGCUCUCUGCCCCACAUCAUGAUGACCCCCCCCCCCCCCCUGCGCUUCGGUCCAAUUGUCAAUUUCCUCACAAGGCCCUCCCCUGUAAAAGCAUGGGGGCAGGAGGUGGCUUGGCGUUACUUCCGGGUGGAGUCAGGUCACCGGCUUCCCUCACUGCUAUCUACCUGGCUGCAUGUAGCCCUAAGCAUGAUGGGACAUGGGGAGGAGGUGGCCAAAAUCACGUGAAAAGCAGCGACACCCCCUUCUCAUAUACCCUCUAUUGACUCCGAUCUGCAAUCUGCUCCCAGCUUCAACCCAGGCCACACACACACUAUAUCACUGCUAUAUCAGCUGUAUAGAAACAGAGGCCUGCAGGUUUGGAAAGACUUUGGAUGUUUGAAGAGGGCCUCUGUAGCAUGUUGGGGAAGGGGGGGUUGCUUUUCGCUUAAGUUAUGGGAGCUCUACCUUAUAACAUGAGAACUACAAAGAACUACGAAGAACUACAAAGAACUACAAAGAACUACAAAGAACACUGAUCAACUGAACAGAACUCCUCUUCUGCUCUGCUUCUUUAGUUCUCCACAUAAUCAGUGUUUCCCCUUUCUUCUCUUCAGUAAAUUGUGAUCUCUCUCUCCUCCUGUGGAUGUUUUUUUUUUUUAUGAAAUGUGAAACAAAAAUAUCUUCUUGUAUAAACAUUUUAAGAAAGUGAGAGAAAAAAAAUUCCUAAAUAUCCGAUAUUCCUUCUAAAUAAAACAGAAAGUGUGAUAGCAUGUCAGACACUUUCUCUGUUGAAUUAAAGAAAGGUUGUUCAUCACGUCCAAAUUGUGUAUAUCUCAUUGUGAAUUGCUGGACCAAUGAAUCAGUUCCACAGAGAAGUGAGUUUGUCAUAUAUAUUAGAAGCCACUUGCUAGGUGUAAAAAGCGUGUAUGUAUUUCCAGGCUCAGGGACCAGAGACUGUCAAUUCUCCCCCACAAUUCCAGUCGCCUCAACAACAGUCUUAGAUUUACAUUUCAUCCGUUCAGAAGAACAGUCCACCUACAGAAUGUAUAGGAAGCCUCAUGAUGCGUCGUACCAGACCAUCAGCCUUCUUCAGGAUGAUCAUAGGGUCCACUCAACCCACACAGAGACCAAGGGAAAAUGUUUCAUUUUUCCUGUUUUAUCCUUCUGCAUAUUAUUCUGCCUUUUCUUUACUUUUAUCAGGUCAUCAAAUACACUGUAUCUGCUGUUUCAGCUGGAAACACAUGAUAACGUAUUGUUGCGUAGUGAUAGGCAGAGGAUGGGAGGAAAUGGAUAGGACUCAUGUUCCUGUUGAUUACUUAGGUGUGGUGCAGCUAUCAGUUGUCAGGUCCAUACUCCCAUUCACUAACGCUGAUAUACAACUGAUCCAGGAACAGCAUCCACGGUGUAAAUGUAGCACUAUUUAUACUAGAUGGGCUCAUCAGUGUUAAAUGUAUUUAAUGUAAUCUAAGAAGACGUUUGUCUGGCAGUUCAACCCAUGAUGGGCUGUCAGCUUUUGUAGAAUAUUUAUGAUCUGAUGGAUACUGUUUCUUCAUUGAAUUAGACUUUUCUGAUUCGGAGAAGAGUUCUUAAUUUGGGCCCCCUCUGAGUUUUCCCCUUGUCAAGUUGACUGACAUCAUAUAUGACAUCAUUGGUCAAGAUAGACUCUGGGCCGCCUCCCAUCGGGUCUUCUGAGGUACUCGGCAUGCGUUUCCUCCAUCCUCUGUCUGUCAUUGGAUAUCCAUGUCUGUUGCUCCCCAACCAAUCAUACAGUCUCUGCCUCUUGAAUCUCUUCGGUUGCGUCCUGAAUGGCACCCUAUUCUCUUGAACAGUGCACUACUUUUGACCCGCGCCCAUAGGAUUCUGGUUAAAAGAAGUGCACUAUGUAGGGAAUAGGCUGCCAUUUGGGAUGCAUCCUAUCUGCUCAGUGACUCAAUAGGAAGGGCUUCUCUGGGUCUGGAAUCCUACUGUGUGUAAAUAAUAUUUUACUUGUCUCUUCCUCUAUCGCUUUUCUUUCUCUCUUUUUGAAAAGCUCUUUUGGUGGUGAUGUCAUGAUGUAUCUGCAGGAAGCAGGAAGUUCUUUACUCUGAGAGCGUCGUGUUCUCUCUGGGGUUUGAGUGGAGAUUUGCUGAUGCCCAUGUGUUUUUAUUGGAAGAAAUCAGCCAGUGAUGGGUUGACUGAACGAUACUGGAAUGUUUAGCAUCAGGGGCUCUCCUCCUGUCCCUCUUCCUGUUGCCAACGUCUCUGCUCUGCACAAGUCCCUCUGCCUGUUCUUCAACCUUACUGUGUGUGCGUCCUCGUGUGUGAUAUGAGUCUUUCUCCCCCAAACCAUUCCUAAGCAUCAAAUGCUCCCGUAUUUAUGAUUGCUUUUGCCCUUGAUGUUACCUCCCGUGUGUGUGUGUGUGUGUGUGUGUGUGUGUGUGUGUGUGUGUGUGUGUGUGUGUGUGUGUGUGUGUGUGUGUGUGUGUGUGUGUGUGUGUGUGUGUGUGUAUAUAAACGCCUAAUAUAAGUAGUGACUCCUGCCUCACCUGUACAGGUAUUAAAGCAAUAUGGAGGACAGGUAUUGAUAUCCAUGCUAACAGUGGUGUUUCUGUUCUACACACACCUUGCAAUACCUGCGUACGCUGUAGACAAGCCCAUACAUCACACACACGCUUCUGUGUCCGAUAGAAAUGUGAAAAGAGCUAAACAUGUUGAGUGUGAUUAACAUGAGAAGUGCUGAGACAACCGGAGUUGUCCACAGGCAGCCAUGAACACUAACGUGAACCUGACCAAACCUUUAUUGAAUCUUAUUGUUGCAGUAGCAGAAAUAGCAGCGUUAAACCUCUCCCUCGUCACUAGAGGGGUUCUCCCCCUCAAUAACACUUGUGAGGUUUUGACUGAGGAGAAGACAAAGUCCUUUUAUUUAUGACAAGACGAUGCACUACGUAUUCAGUUUGAUGGUCUCUCUUCAGUCCUCUCCUCACAAAGUCUUUCCUGUAGAACACUUUUGCAUGGCUGGAUGUUUGUGUAGAUCCCUGGUCUCUUCCCUCAUAAUGUCUGCUGGCCUGAAACAGUUCCUGUCUCAGCCCCUGGCUCUCACACUAGUGGGAGAUAUGAGGAGGUUUAACAUCGUAUUGGACACAAUCCUCAUUGGUGGUCAAGCUGCUCUCCUUCCCCCUCUGAAUCAGCCAGUGGAAUUCAUUAUUAGCCAAUAGUGUGAGCUGUCCUCCCUUAUAGUUGGGUUCAGGAAGCAUCAAAAAACUAGCCUGGAAUCCAGAAGAUAUCAUUUGUUUCAUUGGUGAAACGGAGCAUGUCAGUUUGGUUUCCAGGCUAUCUAGAAGCUACUUUUUACACGUGAGACAUGUAUCAGUGUGACCCCUGCCAGGGAGAAGAGCACUAUGGUGGACGGGGGACACAUCACCAUGUCAAUCAGUCUGCUGUUACUUUAGUACCAUUAAACCGGCCACAGCUCUCCCUUCUAUACAUGCCAGUCGACACAUCAUCAGCACAGCGUUCACCACAUGUACAUAGAUGUAAACAACAAACGCUAAUAAACAAACUAUGGUCAUUUGUUUUUGUUUAUUUGGUUCCAGUGUGUAUUUGGUGACCUCUUUGUCGUUGGUCAUUCAUCCUGUAUGUAGCUACCCAACCCGAGACGACUGCCAGUCAAAUGGUUUAAUAUGGUUCUAAUGCUGUCUAGAUAUGGAAGAAGACCUCUCUUCUCAUAACUGCUUGGGUUUCGUUCAGUUAUCAGUCUAGUUCAUCCACCUUGAUUGUGACCUAUCAGCAUCAAGCAGGGUUAUUAUUACAAUUGUCAUUGGUCUCCUAAUUAUUAUUGUUAUUAUUAUUGUUCUAUUGAGUUUGUGUCAUCUGUACAGUACCGUGUUGAAACAUGAUACCUAAUACAGUCUUCUGCUGUAAUGUGUCUCUUUUCAAUAAAGACUAAAUAUGCUUC